AUGGAUGUUCUCCGGAACCACAAAACAGAUCUUCGCCUUCGACUGGUUACGGAGAAGUGGGCGAACGUUCUAACGGAGUUCGCUGGCAAGUCGUGGCCUUAUCUCAAUAAAGUGACGGAAUACUGCAUGGAGAUCUUCGAGGAUGUCAUGUACGUCUUCGGCGGAACAGACCGCUUCGCAGAGCUAGGCAACAACGUCCUCAUGGCACUCAACCUGCGUACGCUGAUAUGGACACACCUAGGCGGGACUACCAAUACUAAGGCGACGAACACCAUGCCGAUGUUGCGGCGAUUCGCGAGCAGCCGGGUCAUACCCGCCCAGAAACGUCUGUACAUUCUCUACGGUAACAUCGGGCGCCAGUCCGCGUACAUCGCACACAGGCCGUACGGAAAUCUGGAGGACUACAACUACGAGGACAUGUGGUCGUACGACAUCCCUGGAAAAUCGUGGCGAAGGGGGCGCAUCCGCGGGAACUUCCCGGCCCCCCCGCUGUGA